AUGGGCUACCUUCUCUACACCCUAUCCUUCGCUGUUGUCGUUAUCGGCACAGCCCUCUACUUCACACGCGCAUUCUGGCUUCCUUAUAUGCCUGACUUAAAUCUCCCUAACAAUCCUUUCUACCGCUACACCCGCCUAUCUACUUUCAGCGACGACCUUGAGAGUGGCCUGACUUCAUCUAAUUUUGAUCUGACGAUUAACAUCGAAGCUGGUGAUUCACGCCAAGGACUUGAUGACCGAGGGAAGAAGGAGGUUCAGAGGAUAAUGAAGAACAAGAGAGUAGGUUUUGACGAAGCAAGGCGGAUAUGGAUGCAGGAAAGGUUUAAGAGGGAAGGCAUUGGCGCGGACGGACGGCCCAGAGAUCCCAAAUUCGUCAGUUUUUCUUAA